GUGCUUACCCCACAUUUCCUUUGGGUAAAUUCCCUCAACAAUGAUUAACUGGUUCUGAUUUGAUCUGGGCUCUUCGCUUGCUUCGAUUUCAAUUCCUGGCAAAAUGUGCGUGAGAUAUGUUGGAUUUGUUCUUCUGGUUUGGUUUCCAGGAGUGCUACAUGGACAGUCGUGUGAUGCUCCCAGCCUGAGUGGUGGUUAUAUUGUCCCUGAACAAGAAAAGUAUUCUCAUGAAACCGAGCUCACUUAUGCCUGCAGUCCCGGAUAUAAACCAGCAGUAGAGGGAUGGUGGGCAAAAAGCACAUGUCAAAAUGGCAAAUGGUCUCAUAAACCACAAUGUAUAGACGAAAAAGCCUGCCUCCCACCAGUGAUACCAAAUGCAAUAUACACAGAAAACCAAAAUGGUUGGUAUGAGGACAGAUACGUUAUUAGGAUAACAUGUGACAAAGGAUAUGAACCCAAAGGCCGGGAUGUCACAGCCAUAUGUAUAAAUGGAACGUGGUCCUCUGUGCCGGUCUGUGAGAAAAGUAUCCUUGCAUGCGGUGAACCUCCUAAAAUCCCCCAUGCAGUCAUCAUUCAUCAGAGAUACCAGGAGAUAUUUGCUGUAGAUUCAGAAGUGCAGUAUGAAUGUGAAGAUGGAUAUACUGUAGAGGGAGCAGAAAAAUCCAUCUUUUGCAUAGCUGGAACUUGGACUAAAGGACCACCGUGCAGCAGAGUAACCAGACCAGAGACUGGACAUGGUGGAUCCACAGUUGGAGGAGCAGGUGGGGGGGGCACGACAUCUGCUGAAAGGGGGACACAACCUCCAGAGGAAGGAGCCUGCCUUCCACCAGAGAUACCAAAUGCAAAAUACACAGAAAACCAAAACGGUUGGUAUGAGGACGGAUCUAGACUUGGAGUAACAUGUGUCCAAGGAUAUGAACCCAAAGGCUGGCAAGUCACCAUAUGUAGAAGUGGAACAUGGUCCUCUGUGCCGGUCUGUGAGAGAGCCAGACCAACUAUUGAACAUAGUGGAUCCACAGUGGGAGGAACAGGUUGGGAGGACACUGAACAAGUUGGGGGAACAAAACCUGGGGGUGGAGGCAGAGGAACUGAAACAGGUGCCGUAGGAGGAUCUUCUGCCACCUCUGGCUCAAAUGACAGAGACAGUCAACCUGCAUUCAUGUCAAUUGACCACUGUGGAGAACACCCAAACGUUCCAAACGGUGAUGUUGUACAAGUGAAUCGAAUGUCUUUGAAAUACCAAUGUAAUGCCUUUUACACACGAGUCGGUUCAGACACCGUGACGUGUUACAGUGAUGGCAGUUGGUCAGACCUUCCCAUCUGCAAAGAGGCAUUCUGUGUCGUGGAUCAUACUAGACAUCGUUGGGACAACUUUCAACUAUCUGGAGUUGAAUAUAUCAAGGAAGGAGAGAAAAAGACAUUUCCAUGCAUUUAUUCUUCUUGGAGCAGGGUUUUUCAGUGCAUUAAUGGAAGAAUACAUUUUACAGACUGUUGUCAUUAUUAUGACAUUCAACGGGGUUUAUGCCGAUAAAGCACAAGAGAAGAACAACUGCUGGGCUGACAACAAAAGCCAAGUUGGAAACUUUUGAAAUACCUCCACCAUAAAACAACUACGCCCAAAAACAUGUUGUCUCAAUUGUAUUUGAUUUUUUUAAAACUUCAUGCACUAAUAACAUGAUCAAUAUUUUGACUGUAUAAGGGUCAUAUGGCCUACAGUAAUCUGAAUUAAAUGUUCACUAGAAGGUCUUAACAUAGAUCUUUGUAUUAUUUUGUCUACACAUUGUUCAGAACAGUCCUUCCUCUCUGCAAGCACUAGUUCUUCUUAUAUUAUCAUACUUGAGACAGCAUUAAUACAAACUCUUGACAAAAUCCAUUGUCAGUUUAAGUGCUUCAUGGUGGGGUCAUCAUAAUCAAAUAAAAUAAAAAACACAACUGUCCAAAGCUAUUUACAGCAUCUGAAGCUGCAUGUUUGAAAUGCAACAUGUUGCUGCCUAACCGACACUGAUGUAGAAGUGCAAUACAUGAUGGUUCAUUGACAGAAUAAUAAAAUAUAGAACAUACAGUACAUCUAAGGCUGAUGAGAACGUCUUUAGUUCUGCAGGUAUUUAGUUAUGAACCAAAUAAUUGGGCAAAUUAAAUGAUGGCACUAGUUCUAACAAAGUUAAAUCAACUCACCCUGACAAGAACAUGAAUGUGUGCACCAAAUUACACCGCAAUCUAUCAGAUAGUUGUAGAGAUAUUUAAUUGUGGACCAAAGUGGUGAUGAACCAAUGACCAUGCUGCUAGCAUGGCUAAACAGGAUCAGGAGUUUAUGCAAACUUGUUCAGGUAGUGUUAUUUGUAACUGCAACAGUGGUGACUGUGUAGAUCGUUUGUCAUUGCACACAGAAAAUGUGGUGACCUAUGGAUUCCAUCUACAAACAUUUUAUCCACAAAAAAGUUCAGUUAACUUGUUUAAAUUUCAAGAUAGUUAACUGUAAGAGUGCAACUUGUCACUGAAUUCAUAGACUUCAGUUUCACACACUGUGAGCAGAUGGAGGUAAUUUACUCAAACUGUCCCUGAUGAUGUUCCGAUGCACAGGUUUUGUUUAUAUUGUGUAAAUAAAAUGUAAUGAACCUUCUA